GGGAUUGGGAGUGGCAAUGGCAUGGCAAUACCGAUCAAACCAAAACAAAUAUGGCGGAUGAAGUAAGUGGUGUCAAAAUGAAUUUUCAUCCACCUGACGAAGAAUCUCAAAACAAUAGGAAGGUAAUACAGAAAAAAGUGAAUCGCAAACGCAAGAAAAAGUUCGCUCGACGGAACUCGCAAUUUGGUGUUGGUAAAAAUAAGAAGAAACAGUCAAAGUUGGCCCACAGCAUGUCUACUUGGGCAGAAAAUUUCACAGUUGCUGCUACAUGGCAGAUAAAACAUCAAUUGGCUUAUUGGAAAGCGCGGGCAAAAGCUUUAGAAUAUGAAAAUAGUGUGUUGCACGAAAUAAUAAGGAAAAAGAACUAUGUAGACUCUAGUGCAGCGCCAAGUACGAGGGAAGAUUUAGAAUCUGAAGAUGAAGAAGAUUUUGAAGAGAACGAUGAUCAAGUGGACGAUUUCGAAGUGAGUGAAGAGUUCCUUCAGUUCCUUCAGGCUAAUGCAAAAUAUAAGGAGGAUGCCAGACGUGAAAGAGAGAGAUUAAAAGCUAAAGUAUUAGCGGAAGAAAGUGCUAUUGAAAGGCUAGAAGCUGGACCUCCAGAGAAUGUUGAAAACAGUGAAGAUAAGCUGAAAGAGUUGUAUGGUGACAGAUGGCAACGUAUUGCAGCUUUAGAAAUGUCAUUACAAUCACAGUUUAUUGAUGAAUGUGAUAAAGAAAAGCCUGAGUAUUGGCCUAAUAUACCUUUCAAUUUUAAUUUUGGAUAAUAAUCCAUUUCUGUGAUCAAAACUUUGAAGGAGCAAUAAUUAUGAUUUCAUAAGUUAAUUUGGCCUUGUAUCAAUAAAAUAAUAUCAGCCUAGACUAGAUUGUAAUUAAAUAUAAGAUUUUACCUUAUCUGUAUGUUGCAAUAUUUUAUAAAUUAUUGUAAUAAAAGGCUAGUAACAAACAAGUUUUAACAAUUUCCCAAAUGCAAUGUCGAAUUUAAAAUUAACAUAGAAAUCAAUACAUGCAUUAAGUAUAUUAUAAAUGGAUAUUAACUUUU